UCUCGCCCCUCAUGUUGCCAAGCGGAAGUGGUAACUUCUGGGGAAGCAGCGAUGGUGGUUACGGAAGUAGCCCUCUCGGAUACUGGAGGACUCCAGUCUACGUAUUGAGGUUGUUUUCUGUGCCGUAUGGAGGAAGUCAAGGCGGCAGUGGACAGUGGGGUCUGCGGAGAGUAGGUUCGCCAUUCACGUGGCUUACGUGGGGUAAUCUCGGUAGCCCAAGGCCAGCAGGCACGCCCUGGGGAUUUCAGGGAAGCAGUGGGAGUGGCUCAUUCCCGCGGCCAUGGGGAGGAAACAGUGGUCCUCAGGGUGACUUGUACGGCGUGCCUGGUGGUGUAAGUGGAAUGGAGGGUAUGGUGAACAAUGGGGCCAAGGCGGACAAGGCGAAUCAGGGAGCCAGUAUGGACCGCAAGGAGGUUUCAGCGGAUUUGGAGGAUUAGGCGGAUUGUCGGUCGGAGGAGGCCAAAGAGGAAUGGGUGGUCUGUACGGACAGCAAGGAGGACGUGGUGGAAGUGGAGGACUGGGUAGAUUCUCAGGCGAAGUCGGAGACAGUGAUUUCGAUGGCCUUUCCGGUCAAAGCGGUUCGCUGGGCGUCGGUCGCGGACUACUUGGCUGGGGCAGCCGAAGUGGCGGUUUGGGCUCCGGUGGAAGCGGAAGCUUUGGCAGCCAAGGCGGCUUCGGUGGAAGCAGCGGUGGACGAGGCGGAUUUGGCAGCAGUUUUAGUCAGUUCGGGGACAAUGACGACGAUAAUUAUGGCCUCGGCAGUCUGUCUGGACAAAGCGGCCCUUCUAGCACGCUGAGUGGUCUGUCCGGUACACGCGGUCUCACUGGGCGACUCGGCAGCCUCCGUGGUGGUCGUAGUGGUCUGUCCAACCAACUCGGAAGUUUUGGAGGACUGGGAGGAGGAAGUGGACUUGGUAGAUUAGGAAGCUUUGGUCAGAGUUGGGCGAGCAGCCUUGGUAGCGAUGGCAGGCGGAGUCAGGGUAGCCAAGGUAGCAGCGGUGGUCUCACCGGAAGGAACAAUCAAGGGAGCGGAUAUACGUGGAGCCUUUCUGGACUAGGCGGUAGUCAAGGCUCUCCUGGUCAACUAGGCAGCUUCGGAAGUGGAUUCGGUGGACUGGGCGGUUUCGGCGGUUCCAGCCUAGGUUGGCUGAGCCAUGCCACUGGUCUCUCUCGAAGGCGAUUGCAGCGCCUCUACAGGAAGUAUAGAAACAGCGGGCAUAGAUGCACAUUUCCAGAAUACCUCAGGCGACGUGGAUACCUCGUUAGCUUCUAUGGAGGUCUCCCAUUUGGCGGUAGACAAGGUAGUGGGGGGCAGCGCGGAGAUGGUAGCAGUUUCUGGUACUGGAGUUCUAGACCAACGUACCAAUACACCUGGGGAACACCUCUGAGUGGCUCCGGAUCCUCACAAGGAAGUAGCUCUGGCGGAAGCUCCUUCGGUGGGCUCGGUGGAUUGUCAAGCGGUGGAUACGGCGGAUCCAGCAACGGAUUGGGAGGAGGCUUUGGCGGCAGUAGCAGCUGGAGUUUAGGAGGUGCUGGUAGUGCUUGGCAGCAGCAGCAGGACCAGGGCCAGCAACAGGAGAAGGUGUUUUAGAAAUAAAGUUCUUUGUACAAACUUACAA